GUCAGUCCCUCAACUAAAUAGAACCUCGUUGCGGCUAAACAUAUGAACCAACAAACAUCAACCAGCAAAAAUGAAGUUCGUCAGAUUUAUCAUGAAAAACGCCGCUUUGGCCAGUGUGCCCAAACACAUCGAACAUUUCUCUAAAUUUUCUCCUUCGCCGCUCUCCAUGAAGCAGUUUCUGGAUUUCGGUUCCAUUAAUGCUUGUGAAAAGACAUCAUUUGUGUUCCUGAGGCAGGAGCUCCCUGUUAGACUGUCCAACAUCAUGAAGGAGAUUAACCUCUUGCCAGACAAACUUCUCACCACUUCUUCUGUGCAAAUGGUGCAAAGCUGGUACAUCCAGAGUUUAAUGGAGAUCCUUGAAUUCCUAGACCAGAAUCCUGAUGACCACAAAGUCCUGGGAGAGUUUGUUGAUGCCUUAGUUACCAUCAGAAAUAGGCACAAUGAUGUGGUGCCGACCAUGGCUCAGGGUAUUAUAGAGUAUAAAGAGGCCUUCCCCCAGGACCCAGUAACCAACCAGAACAUCCAGUACUUUCUGGACCGCUUCUAUAUGAGCCGCAUCUCCAUUCGUAUGCUUAUCAACCAACAUACUCUGAUUUUCGACGGCACUACAAACCCUGUCCACCCCAACACUAUUGGAAGCAUAGAUCCUCACUGUCAAGUCACAGAUGUAAUCCAAGAUGCCUUUCACAGUGCCAAAAUGCUCUGUGACCAGUACUAUCUGCGCUCUCCUGAUCUGGUCAUACAAGAGAUGAACAGCAAGAAGAAAAACCAUCCAAUUACCAUUGUUUAUGUGCCUUCUCACCUGUAUCACAUGCUGUUUGAGCUCUUUAAGAAUGCUAUGAGGGCCACCAUUGAGACCCAUGAAAGUAGCAACAACCUUCCACCCAUUCAAGUCCUGGUGUCUCUUGGAGGAGAGGAUAUGUCAAUUCGGGUGAGCGACAAGGGCGGCGGUGUCCCAUUUCGCAGAAUUGAGAAUCUUUUCAGCUACAUGUACUCUACUGCUCCCGCUCCACAGAUCGGAGAAUACACACGACCCCCGCUGGCUGGCUUUGGCUACGGUUUGCCCAUCUCUCGACUCUACGCCAAGUACUUCCAGGGGGACCUCCAGCUUUACUCCAUGGAGGGCCACGGCACAGACGCUGUCAUCUACUUGAAGGCACUGUCUACAGACUCCAUCGAGAGGCUGCCAGUAUAUAACAAGACUGCUCUGAAAAACUAUAAAGUAAGUCAAGAGGCUGAUGACUGGUGUGUGCCCAGUAAAGAGCCACUGGACCUCAGCAACUUUAAAGGAGCCAAAUGAAAAGGAUGUGCUCCAGGCCUGGUGCUUCAAAUCUUCAUACCACAAAGUGUCCAAGCUUGCCUGUCAGAACUCUCAUAUUCCGAUGUCAUGAUCUGCUGCGGCAGAUGGACAUUGAACCUCUGAUUUCCUGACUAGAGUAGACAAAAGUGCCCUCUUACAUUUCAGUCUGAUUUUAGCAGAAGCAUGUAUCAGCUCAUUGUGAUUCUCUGUUUUCGUUUUGUGUUUUUUAUAACAUAGACAGCCUGGAAAUGGCUACUAAGAGAAAAUACCUGGUAGUGUUUCUGAAGACUUGUCACGACUACAUCUGUGAGACUUUUAGAUCUGAGGAGGGGAAUGGGGGGGCAGCCUCUGUGCUUCUGCACAAGACUCGCUAGUGGAGACAUGCAGCCCACAGUCACGUGAAGCAGGGGGAGUUAAGACAGCACCCAGCAUGUUAUGGGUGAGAUGGUGCGGCAAAAAAAUAAGAUGACACAGUCAGAGGAAGUGUCCCAGUUCAAGUCGCUACAGAUGGAAUAAAGUCAGCAGUGUGAGUCAGUUUGGGAACAUACUGUUCUUGAGUAUUCACUUGAAAUAAAUAAGUGGAAGUGAAGCAGAUCCCCAAUCAUCUGUAGGUGCUGUCACCUCAGCCUUAGUAAGACAUCCAAAUGAUAAUUUAAUUUGAUACUUGAACAACACUCUUGAUGCACCUUUUUAAACUUUUAACUACUGUGACUUAGCAUCUGUCUGUAGAUUUUAACAAAUGUUUGGCUUUGAAAGUGGAGUGAUAUUCCUUGCAUAUAUAUUUGUUCAGAUUUAGGUUUUCAGCCUUCAGAAUUUAAUGAAAGUAUCUGUACUGACUUAUAAGAUACAGUGUUAUCUUACAUCAGUGUUCUGGAGCCGGCUGAAAGUUAAUCCACUCUCCACUGUGCAUUAAUUUGCAUAAAUUGUAAGUGAUAAGGAGGUUUAUAUGACUGUAAUGAUCAUAGGGCCCAAGUGUUUUCCUGUUUUCAGCCAGUCCCAAGAGUUUUUGAGUGCUUUGUUUGGUUAUUUAAUGUUCCUUGCAGAGUUCAAUGGGGUGUUUUUUAACAUCCAAAGGUGGUGCAUGCCAUGUUCAAGUUCUCUAUUAGUUUGUGAUCCAGUAAAGGCCAGAAUCUGAGGAUGUGUAAUGCUGUACUAUAAGAGAAAAAUAUGCCCUGGGUCCAUGAGUGUUGAAAAACAACAGUUUCAUUUUAUAUUACUUUGUCCUUAUCAUUUAGGAUGUGAAAACUUAUUUUUAUAUAUUUGAUUGUACAUACUGUAAACAUACAUAAAAGAUUUUAAAUACAAAA